AUGGAAUCAAUUGAAGAUAAAAUUGCCCAGCUUGUCGAUAUGGGGUUUACCCCUGAGCAGGCCCAGGUUGCACUAAAAGUAUCCAACAACAAUGUGCAAACGGCAAUCAGCUACUUGUUUGAGGAACCAAUUGAGGUACAAGAUGAGCCCAGUAAUACUGCGAGCAGUGUAGACACAGUGGCUAUACAAAAUCCGUUGGAUAUACCUGACUUGAGCAGCUUUCGUUCCGCUGUAUCACCUACACCAUCCACGGCUGCACGCCAAUUGGAACUUGAAGUUGAAGAAAGUGAUGGCGAACAGACCCCUGACGAAGACAUGAAUCCUCAGCUAUCCAAUAGUGAGCACAUUGAGGAGAGUAGCGCAGUGGUUCCGAAAUCGAUGUCUCCUGCCUCAUCUACUACGACCUCUUCCUUGGAAUCCAAAGAUGAGCCUCGCAGGACUGGAGCUUCAGAUUCAACUCCAGGAUCUGGAUCCUAUUCUUCAGCUAUCUCUGGUUCUAUUUUCGAAAAAUUGGACACUUAUCACUUCGAUUCUCAGAUUCCCAAGCUAGUUGUUCCAAUUAACCCUUCUAACUUGGAGAACUUCUACGUGCCGUUUGUCAUCAUCUUAUCACAAUUAAGUGAAUUCCAAAAUAUUAUAUUCAAUGAAGAAUUUCAGUUCAAAGAUUAUGGCUGGGACGCCAAUUGGUACAAUAAAUCCGGGCUCUCUGUGUUGAUUCCCACAACAAUAUCUAAAAAGCAGGAAAAUGCGUACAGGAAGUUGAUUGAGAUUCAGAGAAUUGUAGGAUUUUUGGUGAAGGACGAUAGUAAGCGUUUAUUCAUAUCCACUUGGAAUCUACUAAAGAACUUGAAUGAAGAGUUUUUUGAUACUGAGUUGAUUGAAGAAAUAAUUCCGAAGAUAUACGAAAGCCUUAACACAUGCAUUCUUGAAGUUUUGAGUGAGGAAAGUCAAAUUUCGAAUGAUGAGUUAAUCAAGCGAAACUUAGAAUCUCUCUUCAAAAGUAUAGUCUACAGUGAAAGUGAAGAACAGAUGAACAAUAUCUAUCAUAUAGAUAUUGAAAGCAAUCAUAAUAAUAAGAACAUAUACCAUUCGUUCAAUGAAUUGAUCUGGGGGAAUGAAAUGGAGCAAUUGGGCCAGAUUUAUUUCACCAAGCUUAGUGACUUUAUCACUAUUAGUAAGAUUAAUGAACUUCACUAUAAUCAUCGAAACAGCAGUAGUUCGUUUCAGGUCUUGGAGGAGUUUUAUCCUCAAAUUUACACAAAGCAGUAUAAGGAUUUAAUAAUUUCAUUAAAUAAGCUGAAAGAGUCCAUGUUUCAACGUAAAUUAGUACUUGUUAAACAGUUGAAUAAAUUGACCUUCUUUGAGGGCAAGAAAUUAAAUGGAAUCUUAAAUGGUACGAUUCAGGUUUUCAGUGAUGAUGAUAGGGUUAGCACUGAAUUGAGAGCUAUUGUAGAUGAAAUUGAAUUGGAAAAAACGAAGAUUAAUGAAGAACUAGAGACAUUGAGCAAAAGCUACUCGACUAGUGACAUCACUAAUGUGGAGAACAUUUUGAGUGCGAUCAAUGAAAGUGAAGGCGAGGAACUUGAACCUUAUAUCCUUUCUGGAGUCAUUCAACUGCAGAAUGAGUACUGUUUCCGUAAGCAAGGUAGCGAUGAAUGGGUCUAUGUCAAAUUUUUGCGGAGAAAGUCAAAGGAUUUAAUUGAAGACAUUGAAUGCGUCUCAUUCGAAAGUUUUGAAAAGCUCAUGGAGAGAUUGGAUAUAUUCGACGGUGAAAUCAGCACCUAUACAUAUGUGAAGAAGAGUGUUUGGGAGAAGACCCUGACUUGCAACAUACCAAACGGACUUAAACUGUUUUUCGGCAGAGAUAAUGUGUACAGAGAAGAGAGGAAUAAGGAAGAGGAAAAUAAGAUUAAGAGUAAGGAAGAGGGGGAAGAACAGGAGGAUAGGGAUGAACCAGAAGAAGAGGAGAGCAGUGAUGAGGACGAGGAGAUAGAAGAAGUGUAG